AUGAAUUUCUUGAUGCAAAAUACCUUAACUCAAUACGAAUUAGAUCACCAUGAAUGCAACAUUGAUCACGAACACAACCUCGAUCAAGAACACAAGUCACAAGCAGAAAAUCAACUUAAAACCCCUGUCGAGCCCCUUUCAUUUAUGGAAAUGCUCAAAUUUCUUCAAAUCUUUAACUCCAAAAAUGAAGGGUCGAUGGUGGACGCAAGGGUCGCGACAGACGCAAGGGCCGGCAGGAAGUUGAGCAUCAACGUCAUGACGGGUCUGAUGCCCCUGGCGAGCCCCAACAGCAGAUUUGACAUGGGUUCGGCUUUUCAGUCGGACUUUGAGUUAGCUUCCGGGUGUAGGCCGUGGGCCCACCUCUUGUACCAGGGGUUCAUGAUAUCGUCGACGGUGGCCAGGCGAAGAGGUCCGGAGGUGGAGCACGACGAUGCGUGGAAGAAUGAUCAAAAGUGGAGUCUGAGCUGUUACGAGCCCGCAGUGGCCUUACUUGGAGAUGAACAAGGGGUUCCAAAUAUGGCUUGUGAUCAUCGAACGUCCUGA